AUGCAAAACAACACACAAAAGCUAAGGUCCAUUCAGCAACUCCGAGAGAAUCAACCCUAUAAUGGGGCUUUAUUGGAAUGUAUCCCUAGUCCUGUCGUAUUUGAAUACUAUGACGAAUUUGGAAAAUAUGAAAUGAUCGUAGAGGUAUUGAAUAGAUCUGCAAUUCCGACUGCUAUUCGAUUGAAAAAUCAUUCAAAUAAGUUUUUCAAAGUGAAACGAGUCGAUGCAAGCGAGGGAAAAAUAGCUCCUGGGCUAUCGGCCAAGAUCUUGGUUACUUUUCAACCAGAUUCAUUGCUGGAUUAUACUGAACAAAUUUCAAUUAUUAGCGCCUCUAAGGAUGAGAUAAUACUUCCAUUGUUGGGGCGAAGAAAAAGGCCUCUAUUAACACUUCCAAGAAUAAUUGAUUUAGGACACUGCUUUAUUGGGACUGAAAUAAGUAAGGAAAUCAAAUGUAAAAACACAGGAGGAAAAGGGAACUUUUUGUUUCAAAAAGACUAUGAUCCAACUACCAACAUUAGAUUUUUAUUUUCUUCUCUGAACGAAUUCGAUCAUUCACAAAUAAUUGAAGUCUCACCAUUUAUAAUAUCUCCAAAAUACUUCUCGCUAGAAGGAAACGAAGAAAUACCAAUAACGAUAACAUUUAGGCCAGUGUCUGUCGGAGAUCAUGAACAAUCUGUUUUCUUAAUUUUCGAUAAUGAGCAGGUGUUUGAAAUUAAGAUUCAAGGUUUCGGUCAAUACCCAAAUAUUGAGCUUUGUGCCAUUUCAAACAUUACAAAUUUUGAUAGAAAAAGCCAUCCAUCGUUGUUGUGUUUUGAAAAUGUCUAUCCUUUCCAAAAAUCACCACCUCAAUAUUUAACUCAUUAUAACGAUAGUGACAUUGCUGUUGAUUUUGAAUGGAGGUACAUUAACGAGUAUGCGGACAUUCCUGUACAAACACAUACUUUAAAUUUACCAUUUUCAAUUAAGCCAAGCAGUGGAAGAAUUGACCCAAGACAGCAUAUCAAUUUUGAAGUUAGAUUUACGCCUAAAGAAUUGGGUAUUUACUCUGGCUACUUUAUUCUUUUCUUAAAUAACGUUCCAAUUCCAGCUUCUUGUGACCAUCCUCACUUUUACUAUUACAAAGCAGGUUUCUCUUGGUUUAAAAACAGUAUUUUGAAUUCUUUAACGACUUCUGACCCUUUGAAAUAUUUUUCAAGCUAUGAUGAAGAUGUUGACUCAAUUGAAGAAGAGCAAAGACAAACAGUCUUUGGAGCUGAGAAAAUUGAUGUUAUUGGGAGCGUACCUGUUUUUCAUUGUCGAGUUCAUGGAGACACCUCAAAGCUUAAUGUGACAGUGAGUCCACCGAUUGUUAAUUUCAAUAGCUUAGAGGUGGGAGCAAUCUUUGAAAAAGAGCUUUUUCUAAUCAAUAACUCGGAUUUUGAGGCCCCGUUCAAAUGGCUCAUUGGUGGCGAGGAAGAAGGUAUUAUUGUAGAUUUUAUUCCUCCAACUGGUUCCAUAUUACCCAAACAACGGUAUCCAGUGAAAUUGCUUCUCAAGUGUGAUAGGUAUCAGUCGUUCGAGAUCAGUUGUCUGUGUGAAAUUGCCAAUUCUGACAGCAUUGAGCUGUUUGUAAGAGGAGCUACAAAGCCACAAACUCUGAGAGUCGAUACUCCUUGUAUUGAUUUCGGAACGGUGGAAACGAAAAAAGUUUUGACGGAUUGCGUUCAGAUUUCGAACACCUCCCUUCAGGAGUUGUUUUGGGAAGUAGAUAUUCCAGAAAAUGACGCCAUUAUAUGUUCUCCAAAGCUUGGAAUGCUAAGAGUUGGAGAGUCGGUCCUUGUAAACGUUUCUAUUGAAUCUUUCUAUUCUCAAAUCAUCAAACAUUCUUUGGUAUUUAAGGUUAAAGAUGGCCCUCCUCAAUUUGUCGAAGUACAUGCUGAUAUUCAAGAACCCAAAGUAAUUUUGGACAAGUAUUACCAUGAUUUAGGAAAAAGUAUCAAGGUGGGAGAUGAGGUUGAGGUAAAAGUUCGUAUGAAGAACAUUUCUCAGAUCAGAGCAGAGUAUUGCUGGUACGAUUUGGGACAAUUUGCUGCAGAAUCUAGAGGAUAUGAAAUCAGGUUGGAAAACGAGAAGGGACAAUUGUUGCCAGAAGAGGAAGCUUAUACAAGUGUGAUUCUGAAAGCACUAUCCCCAACACCAAGCCUGGAAGAAGUAUUUCCUUGUUUUCUACAGGACGACAAAACAAAAUUCAUGGGAAUCAAGUUAAUAGGAAGUAUAAUUGACUCAUCCAACCUUGUAGAACAAAUUGGACACACUACUGCAUGA